GUGACGCUGUUCGACGGCGGACGCGCGCCGGGAGGGCGGGCGUCGACGCGAGAGGGACGAAGAGGGGCGUGGGAGCACGGCGCGCGCUUCGUCGACGUCGAACGCGAACGCGAACGGGAACGCGACGACGACGACGACGACGCAGCGGACGCGUGGAUGCGAGACAGAGCGCGCGAGGGCGCGUUCGUAAGAUGGGAAGGCGCGGUGGUGGCGCUGCGCGGCGGACGCGCGGUGAAGAAAAGGCUGGGCGCGCGACGGACGGCGACGCCGUCGUUCGGCGCCGUCGCGAAGGCGCUGCUCGAAAAGGUGGAUUUGCGCGCGAGCGCGCGCGUCGUCGGGUUCGACGCGAGCGACGUCGACGGCGCGGGCGUGGUGGUGAAGUAUCGAAGCGCGGCGCCGGACGAGGGAGGCGAGACGCGGUCGAUGUCGGGGUUCGACGUGGUGGUGCUGGCGGAUAAGAACGCGGCGAACGUCGCGGACGCGUUGGGCGUGGAAGAGCUCGCGCGAGCGAUGCGGGAGGUGCCGUCGGUGCCGUCGUUGGUGUUGAUGGUGACUUUGAAUCGCGCGCCGGCGAUCGAAUUCGUGGGGGCUGAGAUUGAGAACGACGACGCGUUGAGUUGGAUCUCGAACGAGUCGUCGAAACCGUCGCGGCGGCGCGACGCCAACUGUUGGGUCGCGCACUCCACCGACGCGUACGCGCGCGCGAAAGUGAAUCUCGACACGCGUCCCGGAACUCGCGAGCACGACGCGUGGAUGGACGCGGUCGCGAACGAGAUGAGCGAGUCGUUGUUGCGAAUUCUUCGCGAAGCCGAGGCGAACGCCGACGUCGACGUCGACGGCGCUCCGCUGGAGAUUACGUACGCGCGCGCCCAUCGCUGGGGCGCCGCGUUCCCGGCGGCCGUCGCCGCGGGCGCCGAAAAGUCCAAAUUUCUUCGCGCCACGUCGACGUCGCCGACCGGUCGCGUCACCACCGUGUACGCCGUCGGCGACUAUUGCGUCGAGCACGAUAGAUUCGGCGGCUUUCGCGCCGCCGUCGCGAGCGGUCUCGCCUGCGCCGAAGACAUACUCGCGACGAAAUCGGCGCGUUCAAAACUUUAG